ACACACUACCAUCAUAUAUCGUGGACCAGAACGCGCGUAAUGACUUUGGCACCCAUGCACUCCUAGUUCAACCUUCGCCAUUCCUCUUCACCACUGAACCAAGAGACCCCUCUUCCUCUCUCUCUCUCUAUAUAUAUUUAUAUCUGUAUCUAUUCUGUAUCUAUAUAUAUAGUUAUAUACCAGAUCUACGAUCCAGAGUCACUUCGUUCGCUGAUCUCAGUGUAAAGUCUUGGAGGUUCUUUGUUUUUUAAACAAAUAGUUAUGUCAAGGAGGCAUGCAAAUCUCACACGGCGCUUUGUGGGCAAUGGAGGUGCUCCAUUUGGGGCAAUUUUUCAUCCCAAAUCACGUGCUUCUCCUUUACUCUCCAUUGUCCUUGUCUUUCUGGGUGCAGUUCUUUUGGUAGGUUGUUACUACAGCGGUUCGGGUGUAUUUGGGGGUGACAAAGAGGCAGUCAGUAAGGUCGAAGGUGAUUUCACUUGCACAUUAGAAGUUCAGAAAGCAAUACCUAUUUUAAAGAAAGCAUACGGUGACAGCAUGCGCAGAGUGUUGCAUGUGGGCCCUGACACUUGCUGGGUUCUCUCUAAAUUGUUAAAAGAAGAGGAAACUGAAGCAUGGGGUGUGGAACCAUAUGACAUAGAGGAUGCUGAUGGGAAGUGCAAAAGUCUUGUACGGGAAGGCAUUGUUCGUGUAGCUGAUCUCAAGUUUCCACUGCCGUACAGAGCAAAAUCCUUUUCUCUUGUUAUUGUGUCAGAUGCAUUGGAUUACCUGUCUCCAAAGUACCUGAACAAGACUCUUCCAGAUUUGGCAAGGGUGUCCUCUGAUGGUCUUGUUAUUUUUACAGGUCAUCCAGGUCAACAGAGAGCUAAAGUUGCGGAGCUGUCCAAAUUCGGACGUCCAGCCAAAAUGCGGAGCUCAUCGUGGUGGAUACGUUAUUUUGUUCAGACCAGCUUAGAAGAGAAUGAAGCUGCCAUUAAGAAGUUUGAGCAGGCUGCAACAAAGAGCUCAUACAAGCCAAGUUGUCAAGUAUUCCACCUGAACUCAUACCAAUGAUAACAAGAUUCAUAGCAACAAUUGUUUUAUCAUUUUUAUAAGUUUUAAAGCAACAAAGUAAAGAAGGGGAAAAAAAAUUUCUUCAGCUCUUACGUGAAAUGUGCCCUCUGUUGGGAUACUCAGUUUGCCAGAGGAGAUGUUGAUCAUAUCAACUUAUUAUUUGUAUCUUUGACUUUAUACAGUCUAUUCAUUGAUCAAAUUGGUUGGAGUUGGCCUGAA